AUGUCGAACCAAAGUUACAAAGAUCUGUCCUACUGGGGCACUUACGCCUCUGAUCCCAGCGUCGUCUGCGAAAAGCCGAGUCCGUUGAGAAUUGUGAAAGCUGAUGAGAACAUGAAUAAGCGACAUACGACAAAUCAAUCUAACCAAGGUAGCUCGAAACACAGGCGGUCAAUUCAGGGGGACGGGUCUCUUACAGUCGCCAAGAGGCGCAAGAUCAACCCAGGACAAGCAGAUGCAGAUAAAGAAAACUUAAGAUGGCCACAUGAUGACCCAGCAGGGGAGAUUUGCGAUGAUAUUGGCCUCGGCGAUUUGGACGUCCAAAUUCUGCCAACGGAAGCAUCUUCGGUUAUUCGCAUUCUUCAGGAACAACCUUUUCCCAUUCACCGCUUGGGCCCCGGAUCAAGCAUCUUUCUUCUAGCUCAAGUUCAGGUCCGUGUCUCAAAGGCUAUGCGGCGAUGCAGACGGAAUUGUUCACGGUCAGAAUCGGACAACCUGAUAAAAGCGCUUAAGGAGGAGUUGGGUGAUUCUACCGUGAGCUACAUGACCGUGCGGCUGUCAUAUCGAAACUCGGCGUUUCCCAUGUGUCAAGACAUGGGAAUUGUGGAGGACGACAUGUUCAGCAUGCAAAGCAAGAUUGAGACGGUAGCCACAGCCUCCGUGAAACUCCACAAUGCCAUGUCGCUUUGGUCUCCUCCUCCGGUUUCAAGAUCCAACCCACUAUUGCCACUGGUAGAAAGGCGCUGGGGAACCACGAGCGCCAGGAAGGUAAUGGGACAAAUUGCAGCAGCAAAAUACGGUCCCAGGGAUUCAGAGCAGACGUACUGUUUGCAACAGAAGCAUUUAGAAAAAACUGGCGAUGGCACACAUGGAGAGUCCACUUGGAAUCAUAGCCCUACGCCUCGGAUUCCCCUCAGAAAGGCAAGCCUUCAGCGAGGCUGCACCGAGGUCGAUCACCAUAAUAGAGAAACGCCCUCUCAAUCUCAUCAUAGAUUGAGGCAAGGGUCGUCCAGGUGUGGCAGCUAUGCGUCAAGCUACUUGUCAAGGCAGAGUCGUGAAGGUCUGCCAGGGCCGAGAACCUUUAGGGGCGCGGGGGUGAACAAUUCGGUCCAUACACGACCAAAAGAAGAGCACAGCCGAGAUGGAAGUGAUGUUCCUGCUACUCAAGGCCGAAGGACCUUUUCUGGCAAAUCUGACAGCAGCACGUUAUGGAAGAGGCGGUCACUCGGCGCUGACACCCUCAGGGGCUUGUUACCUUUGAUGGCGGGUUUGUCCAUAACGACAAGGGAGCAGGAAGUGGAGGAGCCCCGAGUAGCAUCGCCAGCGCGUAGCAGAGGCAAAAAGGAUGCAAGCAAAUGGGGAUGGGCGUCAUGGUUCUAG